GGGACUUUAGUUGAUCAGUUCUCUAAUUAUAUUAUAUACUUAGAAGUUUUAAAUCAGUCCAUCAGAGAAACAAUGUCUGUUGUUAAUAAUCUUUCUCUGGAACAGAGAGCCAAAAAGCAGAGGAUCGAACCGGUCACCAACGAGUCUUCUUCUUCUAGUAGAUGUGGUCACUGGUUCCUUCGUUACGGAGAAUGCACCACCUGCAAAUCAACUGUUCACAAAGACCAAGGCGGAGUGUUCGAUUAUCUUUCCGACGGUUUACAGCUAAGCCACGAGGCUGUAGCUGCAACGAAGCAGAGAAGCAGAGAACUUCACUUAGUACUUGACUUGGACCACACGCUUCUCCACACCACUCCUCUUCUACGCCUCACCGAAGCAGAGAAGUAUCUGAUCAAAGAAGCGGCUUCUAUUACAAGGCACGAUCUGUGGGAGUGGACAACUGGAGGCGAUGAUCCCGUGGUAUCUUUGACGAAGCUACGGCCUUUUGUUUGCGGUUUCUUGGAAGAAGCCAACAAGAUGUUCACAAUGUCUGUUUACACAAAGGGUAUUCGCGAUUACACUAUGCUAAUCUUGGACGUGAUUGAUCCGAAGAAAAUCUAUUUCGGGGACAGGGUGAUAACAAGGGACGAGAGUCCUGAUGUGAAGACGCUUGAUUUGGCUUUGGCUCAUGAACGUGGAACGUUGAUUGUGGAUGAUACACGUGAUGUAUGGCCCGAUUACCAGAGUAACUUGAUUGUAAUUAGCAAAUACAACUAUUUCAGGAGAAUGAGCAACAGCCAACACUCAAAACCAUACUCUGAGGAGAAGACUGACGAGAGCGAGAAGGAGGGUGGGUUGGCCAAUGUUUUGAAGCUACUCAAAGAAGUUCACAGUGCAUUCUUCAGAGUGACAGAAGAAAAGGAAUUGGAGUCAAAGGAUGUGAGGUUGUUACUACAAGAGAUAAAUUUCAAUCGUGUCGACAAAGAAUCUUUUACUAUGUAGAAACUUUAUAUAAGCAUUUGAAGUUUCAUAUAUAAGAAGAAGUGUUAAGUACCUUUGAAAAGUUAUUUAUUUUGAAGAACAAAACUUUAAAGUAUAUUUCCAUAUGAUAGUGACUUCCAAAAAAGUCUUAUACUUAUGUAAAUUCAUUUAAGCAUCGAUCAAAAGCUUGUGUGAUCUGGUUCAUGUGUAAGAAGUAUAAAGUAUAUUUACAAUGUUAUUUUGACUAGAAAACAUUAAAAGCAUAUUACAUAAGUGAGGUGAAUGUUAGCAUUUCACUAUCUAUUUUGUAUUAUUCUAUCAUCUCUUAGUAAUAAUAUCGUCAAACCAAAGUGAACUACAAAGCAUUGUACUUACUUACUUUAUACAGCCCAAAAAGAUUAGAAGCUAUGGCAUACUUUGAAUCGAAUAACAAUCUCUGCGACACUCUUACAACAAAACGACAAGGAUGCCUAUGUUUCUUCUUUAUGACGUUUCAGGAUAUAUGGAGAUGCUAUGGGUUUGGGAUUCACUUCAAUUUCAUUAAUUAGCAAACAUUUAUCAGUAUUAAUUGGCAGACCAAGGUAGACCUUUUGUCUAGUUGAUAAUAAACUCAAAACUCAAAAAAUAACAAUAACGCUACAUAAUUUAUUUUACAAACAUAGCAUAUUAGCAUCCGUCAUGUUCUUCAAUAAAGGUUGAUCUUAUUAGCUUAAAUGUACAACCAAUCAUAUAGACAAAGGCAAAAAAAGAGGCCUGAGCAUAUACUCUCCCUCUCCUCCCAUCCCAAUCCGCCACCUCGCCCACUUCGGAGCCGUCGCAACCUCCGGAAAGCUCUUCGUAUCCGCUAGCCGGCGAUCACGACGGUACCUUCGCUACAGACGAGGUGUGGUGCUACGACUUUGUGAAGAGACGAUGGGGGCCACGAGCGCCGAUGCUCGUUCCUCGCUCUAUGUUCGCGUGUUGCGUUCUCGAAGGGAAGAUUUUUGUCGCUGGAGGAUUCACCACGUGUCGAAAAUCGAUUUCGGGAGCUGAGGUUUAUGAUCCUGAGAGUGAUGUGUGGAGUUCGAUCCCUGAUCUCCACAGGACUCAUAACUCCGCGUGUUCCGGUUUGGUCGUGAAAGGGAAGGUUCAUGUGUUGCAUAAAGGGUUAUCGACGACGGUGCAGGUUCUUGAGAGUGUUAAGUUGGGAUGGGAUGUGAGAGAGUAUGGUUGGCCUCAAGGUCCGAUGGCUGUUGUUGAGGGUGUGAGUUAUGUGUUGAGUCAUGGAGUGGUGUAUAAUGAAGAGGAUGAUGAUGAGACGUGGAAGAUGGUUGCGUCUGCGUCGGAGUUUAAGCCGAGGAUUGGUAUGGCGAUGGCGAGUUUGAGUGGUGAGGUUUUGCUUGUGGGAGGGGUGAUUGGGCCUGAUAGGGAUAAUUGGGAUAUUAAGCAGAUGUUGGAGGUUGAUGUUUUGACUGUUGGGAGUGAUCGUCCGGUGUGGAGGAAGGUUGCUCCGGUGACUAAGUGUCGUGGUACGGUGCUUGGUUGUACGCAGUUGACAAUGUGAUGGGAGUGUGAUGUAAAGACUGUUUUUUUUUUAUCUGUUAUUCUUUGUUUUGUAUUGUCACGUUUUCCUUUUCUUUUUGCGUCUUUGUUUUGUUAUAGUGUUUUUACUGUUGUGUCAAAAUACUCUUUUGUAAGGAAAAAAGAAAGAAAGGACAUAGGUAAGGUUAUUACA